AUGCAUUUUAAUACGACUGCGCAUCAACCUGCUGCGCAGCGGAACAAUCAUGUGAAACAGAGCCGUGCGAUUAUGCCCCCACGUCUGAAUCACGUCCGAUUUCAUCAUGUGCCGGAGAAAGGUCAAAUAGGGACACAGAAAGUUCACACCCACUCCGUGGCCAAGGCACUCCGUACACAAGCGCACAGACGGCCAUCUAUGAUCAACCGAGACAAAGGAACAACCGCUCGAAGACCAGUGUGGGACAACGGCCAAAUGAACACUCCUCACAAGGAUAAUGCGCCUCCCGGAAGGCCAAAUGUACACUUCAAAACGACCAAUACAUCCCAACAUUUCAUGACGUCCAUUUUGAGCCUUUUAUCCGGUGCAGAUGGACGGGUGCGCUCCCCUAGCCGCGUCCAAAUCUCGAUUGUGCAAAAACAACACAAAGACAAUCAGGAAACGCAUAUCAAGCCAAUAAGUCCUUUCAAAGAAGUUCGCGUAUAG